AUGUCUAAUUUUGGCAUCUACUUGUUACAAAAAAGUCUAAAGACCGCUGCCUCUGAUAUCGAAUAUUGCAAUUCUUCAGUAAGUCUGAACAAACAAAACGAGUUAACAGAAGCGAGUAUUGCCGCGGUCACCAGCUUAAAAGAGUUAGACACCGAAGCACAUCGAUUGGAAGUGGUCGUCAAUGCGAUGAUCGAAAAGUACAAAAGUAUGGAUGAUUUCGAAAUUCCCAUUACCAAGGAAGAUUACGAAAAGCUGUUCAAAAAAAUCGAAAAGACCAAAAUGAAUGAAACCGGUGACACUGCACACUUCCAGAACAUUCUAGAUUCUCUCAAACGCGGUUUAGAAGGAGACGAAGAGGAACCAGAGGAUGAGGACGCUGAUCAGAGUCAAGACGGAAUGCAAGUGAUGCAAAUUCAACACAGCAGAAAAGAUCCAAUUUCCAAGAAAGAUAUCGUCAAUCCAGUCAUCUAUAAGCCAUGUGGCCAUGUAUACGAUCGAGAUUCAAUCAAAGAAUUUGCUGGUAAAAAGCGCCAAAUCAAAUGUGCAAUGCAAGGAUGCUCUCAAACAAUCACCAUCUCUCGUCUCGAGGACUAUCCCGACUACUGGAACAAUAUAAAACAACAGCUGUGA